AUGGGUUCACAUAAUCUCUCUCCUGAGGAAGUAGUCUUCAAUACCUCCCCCAACAUUUCUCCUGCUUUCGGGUUAAGCGUCUACGAGCAGAGACGUAAGUCGUUGGCUGAGAUAGACAGUGCACCUGUCGGCCUUUCCCAUCUGCGAGCUGUCCUUGUGGCUGGCACCGGCUUCUUUACAGAUGCCUAUGACCUUUUCAGCGCAAACUUCAUAACUUCAAUCAUCGGAUUGGUCUAUUUUUCAGGCCACAAAAUUCCCACAUCUGCGGAUACUUCCAUCAAGCUUUCCACAACGGCAGGAGCAGUAAUUGGUCAAGUCAUCUUUGGAUGGCUCGCAGAUAAGUUGGGAAGGAAGAGAAUGUACGGUCUCGAAUUGAUCAUUAUGUUGGUUGGGACAUUCGGUCAAACAAUAACGGGCCAAGGUCCUGCUGUUUCCUUCUUAGGGCCGUUGAUAUUCUGGAGGGUUAUUAUGGGUGUUGGGGUCGGAGGUGACUAUCCUCUUUCAUCUGUGAUCACCUCUGAAUUUGCAACGGUAAAAUGGCGUGGAGCGUUAAUGAACGCGGUGUUUGCAAUGCAGGGGUUUGGCAACCUAGCGGCAGGGUUGGUCUCCUUUGUUUGCGUCGUCGCCUCGAAGGACGCCUUGUUACCAGCUGCCACAGCGGCGCAGUGCGAUGAGCGAUGCCAGCUCGCUGCCGAUAAGAUGUGGCGCAGUAUUGUUGCAUUCGGCACGGUCCCAGCUCUUUUAGCAGUGUACUUCCGCUUGACAAUCCCAGAAACACCACGGUAUACCUCAGAUAUCACCUUAGACGUGGAAAAGGCGCGAGCUGAUGUUCAGGCAUAUCUUCGAGGUAAGCGACAGGGAAAAGUGGAGGAAGGCCAUACCUACGUCGCGGAGACUCGCAGAAGGAACGAAUCGCCAAAGGCAACAUGGUCUGAAUUCUUCUCACAUUUUCGGCAAUGGCGGCAUGGAAAGAUUUUACUUGGAACGGCUGGAUCAUGGUUCUUCAUUGACGUUGCCUUCUGGGGUCUAGGCUUAAACAAUUCCGCCAUUCUUGGUGCAAUUGGGUAUGCCAGCUCCCAAAACGUCUACGAUAACUUAUACAAUACGGCCGUCGGCAAUCUAAUCCUGGCAGUCGCCGGCAACAUCCCAGGAUAUUGGGUGUCGGUUGCGCUUAUCGACACAGUUGGCCGCAAACCCAUUCAGAUGGCGAGCUUCAUCAUCCUCACAAUAUUGUUCUGUGUGAUCGGAUUUGGCUACCAUUCGUUGUCGGCACAUACGCUCCUGGGGUUGUACGUCCUUUGCCAAUUCUUUUCCAACUUUGGAGCGAAUUCCACAACAUUUAUUGUCCCUGGCGAAGUGUAUCCCACACGGUUCCGGUCCACGGCGCAUGGUAUCUCGGCCGCUGCGGGAAAGGUCGGUGCUGUCCUCGCUCAGGCUUUAAUUGGGCCCCUAAGGAACAAGACUGGCACGAAUAAGUGGUUGAAUCAUGUCAUGGAAAUUUUCGCCCUCUUUAUGCUUUGUGGAAUCUUCACUACCUUGCUAAUUCCAGAGACAAAGCGUCAGACUUUGGAAGAACUGGCAGAAAAAUACCAUGGUGAUAGUGAGAGCAUUGAUGUUUCACAAACUGAGGAAGCGAUCAUCACGAAGGAUAAAUGA